AAACCUUUUCCUCCUUUAUAUAUAAUAAGUAUAUAUCUAUUCCUAUAUUUAAAUAUAUUCAAAAUAUAUACUUAAUUUUACAAUUCUUAUCAUUACCUCACCGCAGCUCUUCUGUUUCUGUCACUUUUUUUCAUCCUCUAUUUUAGAUCUGUAUCGUAGUUUUUACAGAAAACACACUUCAAAGGCAUAAAAAGAGAAGAAGAAAGAUUUCGCAUUCUCUUAUAAAUACCACUUUCUAAGCUAAACUUUUCUAUUUUUAUUGGCCUAUCCUUUCGUCGGUUUCGAUACCUAUUCUUAAGCCAUGUUUCCAUCAGGUAGCAACUGUAACCCCUUUCCUUUCACAAAUCAAACCAUGCUUGGAACAGAGAAUGGAAACCCUAGCUCUUCACAGGAACAUCAAUAUCAUCCCUCACCAUUACCGCUCUUCUCUGAACCCUUCCUUGCUGACGAAAAUGAAUUGCUUAUGACUCAAAUUCUAUCACAUGAACCAAUCAUGUUUUCCAGUUCUAAUCAGGAAGCUCAGAGUGAGAUUGAAGUGGCAUCUCCAAUGAAAGUAACAAAAAGAACCAUGAGGAACAAGAUAAGUGUGAGUAGUGAGAAGAAUGGUGAAAAGCAGGCGAAUCCCCGAAAGAGAGCUGGAAAAAAGGACAGGCACAGCAAGAUCCACACGGCUAAAGGCCUGAGAGAUCGCCGAAUGAGGCUGUCCCUUCAAAUUGCUCGUAAAUUUUUUGAUCUUCAAGACACGUUAGGCUUUGACAAAGCCAGCAAGACUAUCGAGUGGCUAUUCUCCAAAUCCAAGGCUGCAAUCAAGGAACUUACUGAGACUUUUCCCGGUUUCAAAAAACGAUGUGGUGGUGCUAGGAGUCUUUCGUCUACUUCCGAGAGCGAAGUAGUCUCAGGAUUAAAGUGCAGCGAAGGAGCUCUGGUUGUAAGAGAACCUUUGAUGGCCACCCCUAGAGAGGCAAAGAAUAAAAAAUCAGAAAAAGCAAAGGAAUCCAGGGAGAAAGCAACGGCAAGGGAAAGACCAAUUGAGAAGAUGAAGAGAUCAAAACAUUGUUCUAACGAAGCAAACCCGAAAGAUUUAGAACCAUUUGGGUCAACUAGUACCCUUCCGACCACUCAAAAUUUCGGUCCUUGUGGCCAAGAAAUGAAUUCGUUCCUGAAGGUGGUGGCUGAAGAAGAAGCUGGCACUUGUUACUUGCCAGAACAUGAGAUGGACCCUGUGAGCGUCAUUGAGAAGUUUCUUGGAGUUGCUCCAGGAUCGUCAUCCACCUUCAUUUACGCACACAACAUUGCAGAAUCAAGUGCCGGAAAUUUCCAUCAAAAGAAUGCACUUUUUACGGGAAAUUGGGACAAUACCAACAACGAUGGGCUUCAGUAUACUUAUUGUACAGAGACAAACAUGAUGGAAUUAACAGGCAAUCUCCAAGUACAAAACCCCUGUGCAAUCUACACGAUCAAUCAAAAUGACCAGGCUAGAAAAUCUAGCUCAAAUUUCAUGACCACCACAAAUGCCCAUCACCAAAACCCUAACUCCGUUUUCAUGUCUCCCUCAAAUGCCCAUGAACAAAACCCUAGUUCAAUUCCCAUGACCACCUCAAAUAUUGAUUCACAGUCUCACCUGCUACAAAACCAAUUUUCCAGCAACCCCAAUGUUUCUAACAAAUAUUACCGUUUGAAUUGAAGAGUAAAUGCUCUUUUUAAGUGUAUGAACAAGAAAAGUUGCUUGGCUUAUCUCCGUUUCUUCCAUAAAGUGAGUCCCUCCUCGCUUGGACGAUUGAAUACUGGGGAUUUAAUAUUUCUUCUGGUUUAUGAGAACUUGAAAUUAUGUUGUGUUGUAUUUAUUGUAAUAAAUGCUAUCGUGUUUCUUUUUUCGUUUGUUGGUUUAUCCAGUCAUCCUUUUGUUUUGCAUUAUGAGGUAACUAUUCAUAUAUGAUCGUGUUAACUCAAGAUUGAAAUAGCAAAGAUACACUACAAAUC